AUGCCCACCAAAUGUCCUAUCUUUCCGCAAAGCGCAUCGCAUCGCAAGAGAUGCAUUCCGUGGCCUUUACCCCGGAAUAUCAAACAAGCCAGCUCCAGCUCAGAGACAACGCUGACCGUUCCCCGAAUUCCAGCUGCGAUCCGCAACCUGCGGAGCAAUCCCCAAUUUCUUUACGUCCGCCUACCGUAUCUAUUAUCGCUCCUCUGCAUUGUCGCCGGCGUCGUCUGGCUUCUCCUCCUUCCCCUUGAGGAAUACGCCCGCGAAACCUACAUCUCCGAAAACGCGCUUUUGCCGGGCCAGGUGCAUGCGUACUUCUCCGGUAGUGAGCAGAAUAUAUUCCGCGGUUAUAAAAAGGAGCUUGAGAGCUUGUUGAAUGCUGGUGAUCAGCAGGGUCAGGAUCGGGUGGUGGGGGGUCAGGAGUUGACGCCGGUGGUAUCGGAAAAGAUACAAUCGAUUCUACGAGCUGCCGGGUUGAAAGUUGCAACGCAGAAGUAUGAGUAUACUUCUUCCGGUAUCACACAUGAAGGACAGAAUACCUAUGCGAUCAUCCACGCGCCGCGCGGGGAUGCAACAGAAGCUAUUGUGCUGGUCGCUGCUUGGAAGACGACCGAUGGGGAGCUGAAUCUGAACGGUGUGAGUCUUGCGCUUACGCUGGCAAGAUACUUCAAGCGCUGGUCUUUAUGGUCGAAAGAUAUCAUCUUUUUGAUCACGCCGGACAGCAAGUCGGGAACACAAGCCUGGGUCGACGCGUACCAUGAUAUGCAACCGGCCUCGGUGCAACCUUUGCCGUUGAAGAGUGGUGCCUUGCAGGGUGGAUUAGUGAUCGAAUAUCCUUUCGACCACCGCUUCGAGUCUCUGCACAUCGUCUAUGAUGGCGUCAAUGGACAGUUGCCCAAUCUGGAUCUAUUCAAUACGGCUGUUUCAAUCGCUGGUGGUCAGAUGGGGAUCGGCGCCAGCCUGCAGGAGAUGUGGGAUCAUAAUGACAGCUAUGAAAUGCGCCUGCAGACGAUCCUAAGAGGUAUGGUCAAGCAAGGUUUUGGAUAUGCCACUGGAGCACAUAGCAGCUUCAUGCCGUAUCACAUCGACGCCAUCACACUGCAAACUAAAGGCGAUGGCUGGCAGGACGAGAUGGCCCUGGGUCGGACUGUGGAGGGUCUCUGUCGCAGUCUCAACAAUCUGCUUGAGCACCUCCAUCAAAGCUUCUUCUUCUACCUGCUUAUGCAUACGCGCUAUUUCGUCAGUAUUGGUACUUAUCUGCCCAGCGCAAUGCUCAUUGCCGGAAACUUCACGAUCAUGGCGAUUGCGCUGUGGAUGCGGACAGGCUACUACAUGAGCACUCAAUCACCUUCUGCAGCAAAAGCAGUAGCCAGCCCCCAAGAUGAGAAGAAGCCGCUCGAACAAGUAACCAGUCCUGAAGAUAGGCACGAACCGAGUGAGAAGGACUCAAAGAAGGAGACGCUCCCUGGUAGUGUUGUAGAGCGACAACUCGCCCUGCCUCUCACACUGGUCGCAGGACUGCACCUGCUUGGCUUGGUCCCUCUCUUCAUCUUCAACAAUCUUCAUCACAAGUACUACACAACCGCAACCUACACAUGUCUUGGAGCCGGCGUCGUUCUCCCUCUCCUCGUCGCAGUCCUUCUGAACCACGGCUUCAGCUCCCCGCCAACCGCCCAGCAAUACCUCCUCACCAAAUCAUUCUCCCUCCUUCUCCUCGGAUUGUUUCUCUCAACUCUCGCAACACUCAACUUCUCUUUGUCCUUCAUGGUCGGCUUGCUGUGUGCACCGCUCAGCCUCGUCAGCCGCAUCAGCCCCAAGACGAACGCCGUGCUGCGGUACCCGCUCGCUCUCUUCGGCUUGCUGGUCCUAAAUAUCCUCUCUCCCCCCGUUGUCCUUCUCGGCGCGUGCUGGUAUUCAGGCGCGUCGGUUGAGACGGUUCUGACUCAGGCCGCGUUCGGGUGGAAUGUCUGGGGGAUGUGGACGCAGGUGAUUGUGUGGUGCGUUUGGUGGCCCGCUUGGGUGGUUGGAUGUGUAUUACUGGGAUCUUCUCUGCUUUGA